ACAUUGAUCCAGUGACAUUUAAGCGUCAAAUAUAUUUUUUUUUGUAAUUGAAUAAGAGAAACUUUUUCGUAUUUUUAUACAUUUUGUUAAUAUAAAGUGGCAUUUAAAGUGAUAAUUAUAUGGUCGGAAGACAAUGCGAAAUGUGUGCAAUCGAAGCAUAGCUUGAAUUCGCGCAAUAACGUAAUCAUGAAACCUCCAUAGAGAUAUGAGAAAAAUCCAACCAGAAGCUAUCGUUACUCAUUUGAUAAAUCAUUACAUCGAUUGUAACGAUAGAUGGUUGAUUAUGUGUGACUGUGUAACAAAGAUGUUCGGAUGUUUGGGAUGGAAUGUUGUGACUGAUUCAUGUUAAAUGUGACUUAAAACCGGAACUGAUAAUGAAUUAAUAUCUAUAGUGCAAUCAACAAUGCUGGGACAACAGUGAAAAUAAAAGUGGAAAAAAUUUCGCUUCAAAGCCCAUAUUACCAUCCUUAAGUGAUAUGGUAAACAACAUCAAAGUACACACCCAAUUGUAGCUGUUAAUAACGAACGAUUACAGUGGUAGAUUGCAAUCAACAAUAGUUCAACGUGUUCAAUACGAAAAGAAUGGGCACAGUGUGAAAAUAGAAGUAGAAAAAACAGAACAAAAAUCCGCAACCAAAAAUUUACAUCAUUGAGGAAGAGUCAUGAGAGCAAAAAGUUUUUUGAUCGGUCUGUGCUGUGUAGUGAUAACAAGUGCUCUCCUGAUAUUAUUCAGUUCAGCUGGACAACAGAAUGAGAAUUUGAAAAAUAUCGUUUCACAGACGCAUCAACAGAUCAGAGAAUUUCAGGAAAAUCUUGUUGCUGUCCGAAAGAAGCUGGACAUUGAUGUUAAAUAUUUAGAAUUGUUAGGAUUCACACAGCCCAUCUACAAUGGCACACGUUACAAUUUCACGAUAGUUACUUACAUACAAAGUGGUCAGGCUGCGUCGGCCAUUUUGCUAAGCCAAAAUAUUGCACUGAAACUUCCCAAUGAAGUAUUACUUAUCUACAAUCUCGGCUUAUCCGAGGACGAUACACGAGCUUUAAGCGCCUAUUGCAAUAAUUCUAAGUGUUCUGUGAUAACUUACGAUAAAUUGACGGAGUUUCCAUCGUAUGUAAACGAUGAUCGAACGUUGCAUGCGUUCCGACCGUUGAUAAUUAAAGAUGCGCUGACUCGUUCGAAGACAAUAUUGUGGAUGGAGAACAGUAUCCGUUUCAAGGGUAGCAGUAGAGAUUUAAGUGUUUAUCUGAAGAGUGUGAGUGAAAGCGGUGUACUCGGUUGGACGACUAGACAGGCCGUAUCGAGUCGAACACAUCCAAAGAUGUUUGAAUGGUUUCAAACUGAUCCGGAGAGUUUCUUGUUCGUGCCGAUGGUAUCGUUGGAUGUUGUGGUAUUUUUGGACACCGACACCGUUAAUCAAAAUAUAUUGCUGCCGUGGAUCAAAUGUACAUUAACGAAUGAAUGUAUUCAUCCGAUUGGUGCUCAAUCAAUCGGAUGUCGUUAUGAUAAAAAACCAUUGUACCGAUACUCCGGCUGUCAUGCAUACGACGCAUCAGCCUUCAAUAUCGUGCUUGGCUUAACGUGGAAUUUUGAUGAAACAAAAUAUUCGACGCAUUUCGAUUCAAAUCUCUUUUAUCAGGAAACGCUUGAAGAAGCAACUAGAAAUUUAGAAAAUAAACGUAAGAAUAUAAGUGAUACAUCGGAGUCGUUUACGGAUGAUUAGGUUUUUAGGUAAAUAUAAAUUUGCUAAUUUAGCAGUUAAUUUUUCAUAAAUAUAAUUGAAAUUUAGAUUAGAAAUUAUGGAAUUUCAACGGCGCGCUUUUUUGUAAGUUUUUUUUUCGGUUUUAAAUUUAAGUUCUUUUUCACAUUUUUUUAAUUUUUCAUUUACACCCACACUCCGAGCUGUAAAAAAAAGUUACUUACAACAUUGGAACCAACUUAAAUAAA